AUGCGUGAAAUUGUGCACAUUCAGAUUGGCCAAUGCGGCAAUCAAAUGGGCGCAAAGUUUUGGGAAGUUGUCUCCGAUGAGCAUGGUUUGAGUGCCGAUGGGCUGUACAACGGUGACAGUGAUCUUCAACUAGAACGAAUCGGUGUCUACUAUAACGAGGCCACAGGUGGUAAAUUCGUGCCUCGAGCUAUACUAACUGACUUGGAGCCUGGAACAAUGGACGCUAUUCGAUCAGGUCCAGUUGGAAAUCUUUUUCGCCCCGACAACUAUGUGUUUGGAACCACAGGAGCUGGAAACAACUGGGCUAAAGGCCACUACACUGAUGGUGCUGAAUUGAUUGACAACAUUGUCGAUGUGGUUCGAAAAGAGGCUGAAUAUAGCGAAUGCCUUCAAGGAUUCCAGGUUGUCCAUGCUCUUGGAGGCGGGACAGGUGCUGGAUUAGGAACUCUUUUGGUUACUAAAAUACGAGAGGAAUAUCCGGAUCGCAUUAUUUGUUGUUUUUCAACUGUACCCUCACCUAAGGUGUCAGAUGUUGUGGUGGAACCCUACAACGCCACUCUAUCAUUCCACCACUUGAUUGAAGGAACAGAUGAGACAUUCUGCAUUGACAAUGAAGCCCUCUACGACAUUUGCAACCGAACUUUGAAACUAGUAACUCCAACUUACGGAGAUUUGAAUCAUUUGGUUAGUGCAACUAUGUCUGGAGUAACUACAUGCCUACGAUUCCCUGGUCAGUUGAAUGCGGAUUUGCGAAAGCUUGCCACGAACAUGAUACCGUUCCCACGACUGCACUUCUUUAUGCCUGGAUUCUCUCCACUAACUAGCCGUCAUUCACAGGCCUACAGGAGCUACUCUGUUCAGGAUUUAACUCUCCAGAUGUUUGACAGCAAAAAUAUGAUGGCCGCUUGUGAUCCAAGGCAUGGAAAGUACCUCACCGUUGCAGCCAUGUUUCGAGGUCGCAUAUCGAUGAAGGAUGUAGAUGAAAACAUGCUAAAUGUGCAAAAUAAGAACUCGGCCUACUUUGUAGAAUGGAUUCCUAAUAAUGUAAAGACAGCUGUUUGUGACAUUCCUCCUCGUGGACUGAAAAUGGCCGUGACAUUUAUUGGAAAUAAUACAGCAAUUCAAGAGAUAUUUAAAAGAGUUCGAGAGCAGUUCAUGGCAAUGUUUAGACGGCGAGCCUUCUUGCACUGGUACACUGGUGAGGGCAUGGAUGAGAUGGAAUUCCAGGAGGCACAAACCAACAUGGAUGAUCUGAACAGUGAGUAUCAGCAAUUCCAGGAUGCCGCUAUGGACGAUGAGGUCCAAAUGGAGGCGCCUGCUGUAUCGUGUGGUUGA